AUGAAGUUUGACAAGUCAGAAAACAGUUGGGUGGUCAAAGACUUUAACCCAGCGCAUAAUCAUGACCUUGCUUUGAAGAAAGACAUGCAAUUCUUGAGGUCUAACAGUGAUGUCCUAGAUUGUAUGGGCACCCAAGUAAUGUCAAUGAGACAGUCGGGCAUACGAACUUGCCACAUAUUGAAUAACCUUGCUGUAGAAAAGGGAGGACAUGAUUAUGUUCCAUUCCUGAAAAAGAACCUAUACAAUUGGAUUGGACGACAAAGAGAGUUAGAAGAGGAGGACGAAAUGGAUGCUGAGGGUUCCCAGGGAUACUUGGAAUGUCUUGGGUUAUGUGACCCCAAUUUUUUUAAAACACACACAAUCGACACGGAGUAUAGGCUUGCUGACUUUUUCUGGGCCGAUGGAAUAUCGAGAGAUGACUAUGGACAUUUUGGGGAGAUCAUCACAUUUGACAUAACAUACAAGAAGAAUGCGUACAACAAACCUCUUCUCCUGUUUGUCGGCGUGAAUCACUACUUCAGAAUUGUUGUAUUCACAAUUGCAUUGCUUUACAAUGAGAAGGAGGACACAUAA